AUGGCAGAGAUUGAGAAGCCUGCAGAUGCCCGAGCAUCUACUACAGCUUCACCCGCCUCAGUAGCUCCUGGCGACACUAAGACCGAAGGCUUCCCGUUCGAACAGCCGAAGCUCGCUAUCAACAUCCAACCCGUUGUAGACCCAGAUGCAAGACGACAGUACUCGUGGAAAAAUGGCGUCAGCGUCAUCAUUGGGAUCCUUUGGCUGGCCCCGGCCUUGACGCUCCUAGUCCUCAAUUUCAAAGGCCAUAUCGUGGGCGCCGGCAUUGGGUGCCGUGCCUCAGGAUGCCGCAUCGACCCUUACUCCACCAACCAAGUACAGCAAACACAGAAACUGGAUAAGUCCAAUCACGAUGCCCUGGGAGCACUACAACUCGUAGCCAAAGCUCUCGAAGUCUGGUUCAUGUUCGUGGCCGGCAACCUGGUUUACAAUAUUGCAGUCAGGCUAGCAAACAAGGACAAACUGCCAAUGAGUCUACUCACAAUGUACCUCGAGUUCAUGGAUAUUAUGUACCUCACAGAGCUGUUCAGCAAGAUUUAUCACAUUAUCAAGGAACGGGAGGGCGAUGGCACUCUUCCUGCGACGACAAGCAACGCCAUGCUUGGGAAUACUACCGCGAGUAUUGCGGCGAUCAUUCACGCCACCGAGGAGGCCCAGGCGGCAGAAGAGACGUCCGCCAUUGACCCCAAAGAAGCCCGCAGGUAUCGCCACAUCUUGUAUUGGUUCCUAGCUGGUGUAGCAGUUUUAUGCAUAGCCGCCAACCUGAUGGGCCCUGCCACCGCAAUUCUAGUGUUGCCGACCCUGCAAUGGAAAGACAUCAAUCAGCAAGACAAUGUGGCUUUCGGCGCUCUGAAGGCGUCCUUCAGCCCUAGCGACGAGACAAUCGCGGCCGAAUGCACGGCCGACAUACUGGCUGCUGGAAACUAUAGCUGCACCUUAACUCUCUACUCAACAAGCUUAGACGAGCUCGUAGCAGGUGCAAUCUCCUCGAACCGUCAGUCUAGCAGCCGAAGGGCUCUAGUGAUACCACCCAUCUCACAAGAGAACAAUUUGACAUUCAGUUUAAACAUCUCAAAGUCUUCGCCAACGAUCUGGGUCCCAAACCGACAAGCCCUGCGCGAUUUUUCGGUGGACCUGACGAACUUCUACUCUGCAACCACAACCGGAGACUUCGACCCAGCAUACGCCGAUUCUAGGCUGUUCAACCAGUCGCUUGCCGCGCAAUUGCAACGCAAGGGGCCUACAGUUGGAAUGGCUAACGACUGCGCCCUGGGUAACAUAAGAAACUUCUCGCUCUCCAAUACGAAAAGCAUCUACUGCUUCCCACGAGCGAAAGACGACAAAUGUAUUCGGUGGGGCCCUGGUUGGGCAGACACACAAAACUCCGCACAAUUCGUCAUCAGGGACAGUUCUCCGAAGAAAGCCAACCUAACUGUUACCGUCUAUGCUACCACGCAAGCUGCCUAUCUUGUCAACGAUCCAUGCGUGCAAGAUGGCUCUUGUGACUGGGACGCUGUCUUCGCUGCCACACCUUCGCCCGAGUACCGGAACAUCUCUUCUGGCCAGCUAUCAUUCCAGUAUUCCAUGCCCAGUUACUCAAAUCUCACAGUCAUUUGCGAUUCAUCCUCCUACCUCAGUUUCGCCAACUACGUCCUGAACCCGUCUCCCCUCGCCAACAUUCUCAGCCUAGUCGAACUUGACGUGUUGGACGACAGCCCAAGCGGACCGCCGGACUACUCCACACCCGCGAUAAUAGACGUUCAUCCUGACUGGCUCCUCGCCGCCUGGGGAGCCAACCGCGGCGGUGCAGUAGCAGGUGACCGUGGUGCAGCCAUCCAGUUCAUCCAAGCCAUCCAGGACUGGAUCUUCUACGGCGAGGUAACUACGCACCAGUACGCCAUCGACUUCAACAGCAUCCAUCAGUACACCAUCGUGCAGGCGCUGUCCAUGAUAACAUACUCCACCACGCCCCUCGCCUCCUCCGCGGACCGCCGCGCCCAAUCCCAGAAGCUCAAGGACAACCCCAAAACGGCCGCGACCCUCAACUCUUGGGCUACCGUGCAGCUGUGGGCGUUCGGUAUCGACAGCCGCACCUCCAAGCUCGGCAUCACCAUCAUACUAAUCGGUUGCAUCUGCGUCAUCGCCCGCACGGCGCUGUAUUUCGACGAGAGCAAGAGCCCGCUGGAGAUUGUCGUGGCAGCGCUGCAGCAUGAUCCGCCGCCGGAGCAGGUGGAUAAAGAUACGGGAGCGCCAGUGAGGGUGGUGUAUAAUCGACGCACGAGCUCGUUCAUAUUUCCGUCGCCGAGCUCGCCGCCGGGGUCGCCUAUGCGAUCGCCGUAGGCUGGAGAAGGUUUGAUGGGAAAAGGCGCAAUGUGAGAUGUCGUACUUGGGGGAGUGGGAAGGCUUUGGAGACUGUGAGGCGGCAAAUGAUGUGGUUACACAAGACUUUCGUUUCAGUGGACUGGAUAUGGAUUGACGGUUGAAUGAAUCUCGUUAUAUAGAUUGACAUGACUUUGGGAUUUAGUGGAAUAUAUAC